AUGACCAUCCUGUGUAACAUUGCUGUGAUCAAGCGUCUGCUGCUGUUGAUGCUGGGGCUCACUCUCCUGAGGGAGGGGGCAGCUCGGAGAAACCUCAACGCAGGGGUUACUGCCCUUUGUCCUCCUCCAGAGGACAACAGUGUGAGGGUUGACAUUCGCAUCCUCAGACAAAACCAGGUGGCUCCUAUCUCACAUGACUUCCAGAACCGCUCCAGCUCCCCCUGGGAUUACAACAUCACCUGGGACCCCCACCGGUUCCCCUCCGAGAUUGCAGAGGCCCAGUGCAGACACUCGGGCUGCAUCAAUGCCGAGGGGAAGGAAGACAGCUCCAUGAACUCCGUUCCUAUCCAGCAAGAGUUCCUGGUCCUCCGGAGGGAGCCCCAGGGCUGCUCUCACUCCUUCCGGCUGGAGAAGGUGAUGGUGACUGUUGGCUGCACCUGCGUCACCCCCAUCGUCCGCUAUGCACGUGACCUGAGAGCUGCACAUCAGCUGAGCUGA